AUGGAAGCGGACAGUGACAGACAACCCUCCAACAGGUUCGCUCUGUCUGCUUUGCUUAGCCCCAAUGAUGACGUAGCCGCACAGAUAGACUGCAUCCUGAUCGUGACCACCAGCGCCAUCGAGCAGCUGGAUCACCCCUUCCUUCGCAAAGAGCCCGUUGACAUGGAGUUCGACUAUGGCCAAGCAGAGUCUGACACUUUCUCAUGUUCUUCAUGCAACCCGCCGCUGGGCGUGUCAUGGGUAUUCUGGACGCAGGGAACAGAUGCGCCCACCUCGCUCGCCAGCUUGCGCGGAGUAGACUACAGGAGUCGUCCUUCGAAAGGUGUCGAAGAUGCUCUUACCUUGUUUGGCGAACCACAACCGCACUUCCACUUCGACAUGGAUUUCGAGCAGGACUUGUCCUCAUUUCAUAUCCGAGGCUCACUGGAUUUCCUUAUGUUCGACGGCUAA